AUGGAAGAAGCAGCCACUGAGCUGAAUGAAGAUGUGUUGGAGGAAGCAGAGCAUCUUCUUGAACCUCUGGAGCCAGAGGAUGAUGGUACAUUCUUCCAAGUCACCAACCUCCUGAACAUCAUGGACAGUGAAUCAGCAAAGACAGACACCACAGAGCCAGGCCUGGACAUGCGCAAGACCCUUGCUUCAGUCAUAAUCACAGAGAAGGCUACCACUGAUCCCUGUAUGGUGAUGAAUGCUCUCAUCCGCUGCCUGCAGAUGCCAGAGAUUUCUACCCAGCGCAAGGUGAACGUCUACAACAUCCUGCAGGAGAUCAUCCAGCAGGAAGGGGAGAUGGAGGAGCGCUGCAUACAAAGGCUGGUGGCCAUCGCCUCCAAGCAGAUGAGGGAUAUCACAGAGGUGGAGGAUUUCGAGACAGCCGAGGUGGCCAGUGAGACUCUGGUGGCUUUGUCCCGAAACCACUUCAGCUUGGUCAUGUAUGAACUGCAGCAUCAUCUCAAGCCCCUCAAUCUCACUGAUGAGUUCGUCAUUGUCACCUUGGCCAAGCUGGCCAACGGCAAUGUGUUUGAGUUCAUGCCGUACAUGGGCAUCACCUUGGCUACCAUAUUCACCAUGCUGAGACUUGCCAACGAGGCCAAGAUGCGCCAGGUCAUCUGUAGUGCCAUGGAGACAUUCUGUGAGACAGUGCAGUUUUACCUGAGGCAUCUGGAGGACAGUCUGUACCCCGUGAUGACCGAGGACCAGUUUGCCGUGAAGCUCUUCCCGAUGUACCGAUACUUCGUGACAGUGUGGCUGCGUCACCAGGACGUCGAGGUGAAACUGGCAGUCAUCAAGUCUCUGAAGCCCAUGCUGAGCCUUCUCCUGCCCAAUGAUGACCUGCGGGAACAGGUGUACGACUACAUCCCCCUGCUGCUGGCCGAGUUUCAGGGAAAAUGGAGCAGUCACUUGAAGCCUUCUGCCCAUCCCUUUCAGAUCUUGAGGCAGAUUCUAGAAGCAUCAGUCACCACCAACACCCCCAUCCCUCCGAUGCUGCUACACCCCAUUUUCACAGAGUUGCAUGUCCAGGUGUGCACCAAAGCCCCAGUUCAACAGCAGUUCAGCAGUCAGAACCUGAUGGAGAUCGUGCACUGCUUCGUAGCCCUGGCCCGCUCCUACCCCAAGGAAUUGAUGAAGUUCUUCUUCAGCCAGGUGGAGAUGAGCAAGGAAGCUGUCCGCGUGGGGACACUGGCUUUGAUCAGGGCGGUGGUGAGCGCAGAUGACCCCAAAAUGAACAUUAAGACCAUCUACCUGGCCAUCCGCGUUGUCAAGAACACCCUUUCGGACACUCGGUCCAAGGUCCGGAUGGCAAUUCUACGAAUCAUUGGCCAGCUGGUCCUGUCAGGCUUCCAGGAAAAGAUCAAAGGCUGGGGACUGAAAUACGUGUCUGUACAGCUCACCUUAUCUACCUACAAGCUGACCAACCGCCGGGAAUGCUUUUAUCAGAGGGACUUGGAAGAGAAGAUGGUCCACAAAGUCACCAUGGAUACCGUGAAGAUCAUAACUUCGUCUAUCAGUGGCAUGACCAACGAGUUCUGGGUGAGACUGCUGUGUUACAUCAUGGAGACCGAUUACACAGAGGCCCUGACCCCCAUCUGUAUCAGUCUCACGAACCUGGCAGAGAACCAGAUUCAUGGCAAAGACACGGAGGCUGGAAUGGCUGGAAAGAGCAAGCAUGUGGACCUGCCUGCACCCCAGAAGCUCCUGGCCCGUCUCCUGGUGCUGAUGUCAUCACCCUACAAAGGAGAAGGUCGUGGCAUCGCCAUGCUCAACCUCCUGAGGACCCUAAGCCAGAGCAUUGCCCCCUCCAUGGCUGACAUGUGGGAGCAGGAGAUCCCGCUGCUGGUCCAGUACCUGGAAGAACACACUGAGUUCACCUGGAACCAGAAGGCCUGGGAGGAUAAGCUAAUUCAGUUUCUGAGAAACUCCCUCAAGAAGACCCGUGGGACCAGCUGGAGCCUACGCCUCAGCAAAGAGUUGAACAACCAGCUUGAGACCUUCGAGAGCCCCUCUUUGGAAAAGGGUUUUCUGUACAGGGCCUUGGGCUUCACCUUAGGCAUGGGCCUGGAGGCUGACAGGGUGGAGGUGCUGUUGCUGGAGCUGCUAUACAAGACAGACUAUAGCAACGACUUCGACCGGGAGGGUGUCAUCCUGUGCUUUGGCCUGUGUGCCCGGGGCCAGGUGAAGACAGUGUUGAAUGUGCUUCACGACUUUGAAGAGAGAAUCCAGGAGUCAGAGCAGUCCUGGCAGAUUGGUGCCUGGAGGAAGGACCACCCCUGGAGGCGAGAGACUGUGAAGAGUGCCCUUAUGGUGAUGUACAGCUGUGUGUCCUCUUACUGCCACCCCCAAAUGCUCCUCACCCAUGUGGACAGCCCCAUCACUGCCAAGAUCAUCCACCACUACUCCAGCAGCUGCCAGGACAUCAGCCUCAAAAUGGCCUUCAUGAAGAGUGUUGUGCAGGUCACCAAGGCCAUCAAAAGCAUCCAGGACCUGGAGGACUUCCAAUUUACCCACAAGUCUGCUCUUACUAGCCUGAUUGUUGUGAUCAUCAAAGCAGAACCGCCUGACCACUUGGCUUCUCCAGUGAGGUCAAUGGCCAUGGACGCCCUCUCACAGCUGAGCACCCUGAAGCCUUUCUACUCUUCAGAGGAGAGCAUGGACCUGAUGGAUAUCAGCAUACACGCAAUUAUUUCUCUCCAACCACCAGGGGAAGACAAUGAGUCUGUUAAGACCCUGUAUGCAAAUGCCCUGAGUUCCCUGAAGCAGCUGAUGGAAGGCCUCCUGCAGAGGCAGCUGGACCCCAAGGGACUGCAAGAGACCGUGCACCUCCUGGAGAAGUGGAUCUUGUCAGAGAAAGAAUGGGAACGGGAGAAAGCCAUGACCCUCCAUCUCCAUCUCAUGCAGAUCUACGUUCAAAGUAUUGGUGUCUGUAUCCCCCUGAAGCUGGGGCAGUUUGGCAUACUCGUUGGGCUCAUUGCUCCAUGCACCUGUGAUGUCCAUAGGCGAACCCGCCUGGCCUCAACUGAUGUCCUGUCUAGCCUGCUAGAUCUUCAUGUGAGCCAGACUUGCUCCUUGUGGGGAGCUACCAAGGAGCAGGAGCUGAAGAAAUGUAAGGAGGACCUGCAGGACACAGACAUGGACAAGAUUUCCAGUGCCUCCUCCAGAAUUGCCAAGGUGGUCUGCCCGGAGUUCAACUGCGACGAAGUUGUGUCUCUCAUCCAGAAGCUCUGUGAGAACAUCGGGGCCAUGGAUCUGCAGCAUGACCGGGCCGCUGUCACCUGGAUAGGCAUCUUCCUCCAGAUGCGGGUCAAGGAGCUGGAGGACAAGGUGGCCGAGAUACUGGGUGCCAUCCUGGUCCACCUUCCAGUAGUGGACCACCCAGAGGUGAGGCGGCACCUCAUUGAAGGCAUCCUCCUGCUGGCGCACUACCACCAGGAGACGGUCCUCACGUCGCUCUUGAGGCAGCCACUGCCCAUGGAGAGCCACCUGACAGAGGUGUGGCUGGCCGUGGCGGAGAACGUGCCUUUCGCAAGGACCAUGCUCCAUGGCUUGCUGGGCCGGCUGCAGUCAAGGUUCACCGCCAGGAUAAACGCCACCUCCAAAGCCGACAUCUGGCGCCUGGCGGCUGUGGACCCUCUGAUGACGCUGUGUACCAUAUGGCUCCUCAUGGAGAAGAUGGACCAGGACGACAAGUUCCCAGACCUGUUCCCAGACCUGCUGUACACCUUCCUGUUGCAGCUUGGCAGCAGCCAUGGACCAGAGGCUUCCUCACCCGUCCUGAAGACCUGGAGGCUGGUCCACACAGGGUCCCUGCCCCAGGAGAUGACCCUGCAGAGGUGCUGGAGAACAGAUGGGCGGAAGGGAGGGACCCGGAUCACCAUCAAAUCCAUGCGACUUUUGGUCAAGAGACUCAACAGAGAGCCCCUGGAACAGGCCUUGGAGGAACAGUCCGUGUGGUCCCUGUUGGAGAACGGAGGCACCUUCCUAGCAGGAGUGAGCCUGAUGGCCAGGCUGUGCAUGCAGAAUGCAGAGAGCUACAUGCAGAGGCUGGCAGAGCUGAUGCUCACGGGCAUGGGCUCCGAGGUCCUGAGCUGCUGCGUCAGCAGCACAGCCAUCUGUGUGGAAGUGAGGCAUCCAUUCAUGAGCGACCCGGUUCUGCACCAGGAGAAGCUGCUGAGGCCGGUGGUGCUGAAGCUGGAGAAGGGUGCAGGGCAGGACAAAGAUGAAACCUUGCAGGUGCUCUCUCUGCGUGCCCUGGGCAACAUGGCUCUCGGUGCUCCUCGGAAGGUGAAGCAGUAUCGAAAACUCCUGCUGGAGAAGUGCCUGGGUUCCCUGCAGGGACAGGCGAGCUGCAGUGUGAUGGCUGAAGCCAUGGAGGCCCUGACCAAGAUCCUGGCUGAGCUCCGAGAGGGGGACAUAGGAUCUUCAUUUGAAGCCAUCUCUGAACAGUGCAGGGCAUUCUUCGACAGCGAGAGCGAGAUGAUGCGUUUGAAGGCCUUCACCCUCUUCGGGAAGCUGGCGAAGGUGGUUGGGAUUUCCAAGAAGCAUUUCUUCAAAGGGGAGGUGAAGAGAGGCUGGGUCUCCCUCAUGCUGCACUGCCAGGACCCCUGCCCCAGUGUAGCUCAGGCAUGUCUGGCUACCAUGUUCCAGUGUGUGCAUUUCUGGGGCUGGAAGUCCCUGGAGAGUUCCUUUGGUCACAGCAAUGACAGCAUCAAUGACCAGAUGACAGUUUUUCAGACGAACAUGUGCUCCGUACUGGCCCAGAAAAAGCCUGCUAUUCUUUGUGGCUUCCUGGUAGAAACAACAACCUUCAUGAAGAACAACUUGUCAAGGAUUAGAAUCUCUGCCUGUGCCUUGGCAGGAAUUAUCAUGAAGCAGCUGUCUGCCCAUUAUCUGAAGAAGAUGGACCUUGUGGGACUUCGGAAUUCUCUCCAGGACCUACAGCUAGAUUCUGAUGCUGGGGUCAGGAGGGCGGCCUUGGAGACCCUCAAAGUCCUGGACAACUGCAAUCAGCACUGGCUCUUGGCUUCACCCAGAGGACUGCCCUAAGUGGCCCCAAUGUAAGGUGUAAACUCUCGUCAGGGUCACGUCUGCCAUAGCA